AUGGUUGAAGAAAUAAACUUGGCUGAAGAUAGGAAGAAAAAAUUAAGAAAAAUUCUUAAAACAUCCCCUGAAAAGAGAUGCGAUGAUGAUAUUAAAUUGAUAGAAGCAUUAGUUGAGGUAAAUAUUACUCAAAGUUCAAAAACAAUACAGGAUAAUAAAUUCUUGAAGCAAUUUAAGGGAACGGUUAAACUUAAAGAACUGUGUAAAUAUAUGAGAAUUCAGCAUUUCGGAGCUAGAGAGACUAUUAUAUAGGAGGGAGACAUAGGUGAGACGUUUUAUAUUAUUUACUCUGGAAGAGUGAGUGUUUAUAAGCAAUAGAAGAGCGAGUUCUCAGAUUCUGUUAUUAUGACUCAUUUAACUGAAUUGGGUAGUGGAGAAUAAUUUGGAGAGCUUGCAUUACUUUAAAAAGCACCAAGAUCAGCCACUGUUAUAGCAUCUAUUCCUACUGACUUAAUUGUACUUGAUAAGACAACUUAUGAGAAUGUCAUCCAAAAUCUACACUUCUAUUAAAUUGAUGGCACGAUUGAAUUCUUUUAACAUCUACCCUUGUUUCAGCAUCUAAACAGAAAUGAGUUGUUUAGUAUAGCAAGCAAAUGCUAAUAUAAGAGAUUCCCAACUAAUACCAUAAUUUUAAGACAAGAUGAUAUCCCAAAAUCUGUAUACUUUAUCAAGGCUGGUAGAAUAAAGGUCUUGAAGAAGGUUGAUUUUAAAAUUCCUGAGGAAAAGUGGCAAUUUUAAAAUAUUGAUUAUCUCAUUUAAGAUCCUAGUGAAGAGGACUAUGAACUAGAAUUAGUAGAAUCUAAGCUACUUGAAAUUGAUGAUUUGGGUAAUGGAGAUGUUUUUGCUGAAGAUGCUAUUAUUUUGAAAUAGCCUAUAAAACAUAGCAUUAUUACUGCCAUUCCAUCAGAGAUUUUUAUGCUAGAUAUGCAUGACUUUCUUAGAUUACAUAAGUUAAGACUGUUCAUGCUGAAACUAUUAACAAAAAACAGUAACAUCUUUAGAUUAACUUAAUUUAGAAACUUUGAAAGAUAACUAAGAAAGCCCCAGUAAAUGCCUGUUAAAUUCAAGCAGAAGGCAAUUAAUAAGCAAGAUCAGGAAGAUGCUUUUACAGAAUAAGAUGUGCUCAAUACAAAUUAUCUUUCAAGUGUCGAUUACAUCUUUAAAGCUCAAAAGCAGAAGAGAAACAUGCUUGAGGUAUAGCACUAGCAAUAAUAAUAAUAGCAACUCUAAAACAAUAACAACAACAAUUGA